AUGUUAACCAGAUCCCUCACCGUCACGUGAACAUAGUCUCCCUCCUCCUCUCAAUCACUCACUCACCGCCAUCGAUCAGCUCCCAUCGAUCAUCCAAGAAAACCAGAGCAAAUCAACCCCCCUCCUCCUCGGCUCCACAAAGCCACAAAGAAAGAAUCAUAUAAUCAGAUCUAAGAAAUAAAAAAAUGGGACACCUAAAUCUGCCCGCGUCGAAACGAAACCCACGCCAAUGGAAACUACUUGAUUUAGUAACGGCAACAUUCUUCGGUUUAGUCUUCCUUUUUUUCCUUCUGGUCUUCACUCCACUCGGCGACUCUCUUGCCGCUUCAGGCCGCCAAACACUCCUCCGCUCCACCUCUGAUCCACGCCAACGCCACCGUCUUGUCGCUUUGAUUGAGGCGGGACAUAAUGCUCAGCCGAUUGAAGCUUGUCCCGCGGACGAAGUAGAUCACAUGCCUUGUGAAGAUCCUAGAAGGAAUAGUCAGUUAAGUAGAGAAAUGAACUUUUAUAGAGAACGUCAUUGUCCUCCCGUUGAGGAUACUCAUCUUUGCUUGAUCCCGCCACCUGACGGUUAUAAGAUUUCUGUUCAAUGGCCUCAGAGUUUGCAUAAGAUAUGGCAUGCGAAUAUGCCGCAUGAUAAAAUUGCUGAUAGGAAAGGUCAUCAAGGAUGGAUGAAAAAGGAAGGAGAGCACUUCAUUUUCCCCGGCGGUGGAACAAUGUUUCCAGAGGGUGCUGUACAGUAUAUUGAGAAGCUUGGGCAAUAUAUCCCUAUCAAAGGCGGGGUUUUGAGGACUGCUCUCGAUAUGGGAUGUGGGGUUGCUAGUUGGGGAGGAUAUUUGCUGAAGGAAGGGAUUUUGACUCUCUCAUUUGCUCCAAGAGAUUCACACAAAGCACAGAUACAGUUUGCACUGGAGAGAGGGGUUCCAGCAUUUGUUGCCAUGCUUGGCACUCGAAGACUCCCGUAUCCUGCAUUUUCAUUUGACUUGGUGCAUUGCUCCCGAUGCUUGAUCCCUUUUACAGCUUAUAAUGCAUCUUAUUUUAUCGAAGUAAAUCGGUUACUUCGUCCUGGAGGAUAUCUUGUCAUUUCUGGACCUCCUGUGCAGUGGGCUAAACAAGACAAGGAAUGGGCUGAUCUCCAGGCUGUGGCAAGAGCAUUGUGCUAUGAGCUGAUUGCUGUGGAUGGAAACACCGUCAUAUGGAAAAAACCCGCUGGAGAUUUAUGCCUGUCCAACCAAAAUGAAUAUGGUCUUGAAUUGUGCGAUGAAUCAGAUGACCCAAGUGAUGCAUGGUACUUCAAGUUAAAGAAAUGUGUGAGUAGGACUUCUGCUGUGAAGGGGGAUUGUGCCAUUGGGACUAUUCCUAAGUGGCCUGAUAGGCUAAUGAAAGCACCUUCCAGGGCUGUGCACAUGAAAAAUGGGUUAGAUUUGUUUGAUGCUGACACACGGCGCUGGGUAAGGAGGGUUGCAUACUAUAAGAAUUCUUUGAAUGUGAAGCUAGGAACUCCAGCCAUACGCAAUGUCAUGGACAUGAAUGCAUUUUUUGGGAGUUUUGCAGCAGCACUCAUGCCAGAUCCUGUAUGGGUGAUGAAUGUCGUUCCUGCUCGCAAGCCAUCUACACUUGGUGUAAUAUAUGACCGAGGCCUUAUUGGAGUCUACCAUGAUUGGUGUGAACCUUUCUCAACAUAUCCCCGUUCCUAUGAUCUCAUCCAUGUAGCAGGCAUUGAAUCACUACUAAAAAUGCCUGGUUCAAGCAAGAACAGGUGCAACCUUGUGGAUUUAAUGGUGGAGAUGGACCGAAUAUUACGUCCAGAAGGAACAGUCAUUAUCCGAGAUUCUCCUGAAGUUGUUGAUAAAGUGGCUCGUGUAGCUCUUGCUGUAAGAUGGUUGGUUACCAUUCAUGAGAAAGAGCCAGAAUCGAGUGGAAGAGAAAAAAUUCUGGUUGCUACAAAAAGCUUUUGGAAGCUGCAUUGAGACAUAACCUUUCUCUGUAAUGUAAUUUUCUUUUCCGUUCUCAAUUCUGAUAUAACGCCAAGGCAUACUCUGCAUGCAUCAAAUGGAUGCAGAUUCCUUUCUUGCCCCUCUUCUGGCUAUUUAUAUAUCUAGCAGUGGUAGGAGGUACACAGAAGGAAGGACGUUCAGAAUCAUGUUAGGAUAGGUAUAGCGGCUACUGAUAUGUAUUGUGAUAUGAUUUGAUUUGAUUUAUCGAAUAUGAUUUUUUUGUCUUUCCACA